CUUCAAUCCACAUUUUCCAUUCAACCCAAAAAAACAAAAAGGAAGAAUAAAAGUUCUCAGAAACAAUUUUUUUUUUUUUGAAAAGAAUGGUGGAUUUAGAUUGGAAGACGAAGAUGGUUUCAUCAAACAUACCCACCAACAAGUCCCCGAAGCUCUCUGCAAAGCUCCACGUCACGAUUCCGGCGCCGUUCAAGGUCCCUUUAACGUCGCCGGUGUCCUGCUCGAGCUCCGCCGCUUGCUCCGCCUACGAGCUCUACCUGCGCCUCCCAGAGCUCAGGAGUCUCUGGUCCUCCAGAGAUUUCCCUCAGUGGAAUUCCGAGCCGAUCCUGAAGCCCGCUCUUCAGGCGCUCGAGAUCACUUUCCGGCUGAUAUUAGCCGUCUUCUCCGAUGAGAGGCCGUACAUCAAUCGCCGCGAGUGGAGGCGGAGGCUUGAAUCGCUGGUCAUGAGUCAGGUCCAGUUGGUGGCGGCGAUCUGCGAGGACGACGACGCUGCGACGGCGGAGGAGGACGACGGUGGAUUUGCUCCGGUAGGAGAUCACCGUAGCGAGCUCAGCUUGCUUCCUCAGCUCGCCACGUGGUGGAAGACAGAGGACGUUGGAAUGAAGAUCCUGAGCACGAUCGAGAACGAGAUGCGGCGGAGCAGGUACGCACUAGGGUUGGGUGAACGGAAUAUCGCCGGGAAAAAGUAUCUCCGGUACGACGCCGUUUGCCGGCCGAGUGAAAUUCACGGCCUCAAGAACAAUCACUACUCCGAUCACAUCGAUAACCCCGAGAAUCAGGUCUUGUACUCAGUUCAUCAGAUCCUCGAAUCGUGGAUUCAUACCUCUGGAAGUCUCCUUAGACGAAUCGAGUCCAGGAUCGGAGAUGCGAAAUUCGAAGAAGCGUCGAGCGAUGUGUACUUGCUCGAGCGGAUCUGGAAGAUUCUGACGGAAAUCGAAGAUCUCCUCCUCCUGAUGGAUCCGGAUGAUUUCCUGAAGCUGAAGAACCAAUUACAGAUCAAAUCGACCUCCAAAAACGACGCGUUCUGCUUCAGAUCGAGAGGGCUGGUGGAUAUGGCGAAGAUGUCGAAGGAGCUCCGGGAGAAAGUCCCGGCCGUGCUCGCCGUCGAGGUGGACCCCAGCGGAGGGCCGAGGAUGCAGGAUGCGGCGAUGAGGCUCUACGCGAGGAAGAGAGAAUCGGAGAAGAUUCAUCUGCUUCAGGGGAUGCAGGCGGUGGAGGCGGCGGCGAAGCGGUUCUUCUUCGCCUACCGGCAGCUCGUGGCGGCGGUGAUGGGGAGAGCGGCGGCGAGUAACGAGUCGAACGACUCGCUGAGUCGGGCGUUCAUGGAGCCCACAUACUUCCCGAGCCUGGACGCCGCCAAGACGUUUCUGGGAGAGUUCUGGAGCCGUUGGGGUUAAAGACGAAAUUCAGAUGAUAAGAAUUAUUUUUACUAUUAUUAGUUAUUCAGGAGUAAUCGUUCUCGCCGAAUUACUUACAGAUACUAAAAUUUAAUUUUUUGCGGAUUUA